AUGUCCGAGCAAAUGAGCGUGCAAACCUUCGGGCGCAAGAAAACCGCCGUCGCGGUCGCGCACUGCAAGCGAGGCAAGGGCCUCAUCCGUCUCAACGGUGUUCCGAUCGACCUCAUUCAGCCGGACACCCUCCGCCUCAAGGCGGUCGAGCCGAUCCUGUUGCUCGGCAAGGAGCGAUUUGCGAACUUGGACAUCCGCAUUCGCGUGAAGGGCGGUGGUCACGUGUCGCAAAUGUACGCCGUGAGACAAGCGAUCGCCAAGGCGCUCGUUGCCUACUACCAAAAGUUCAUCGAUGAGGCGAGCAAGAAGGAGAUCAAGGACCUGUUGUUGGCGUACGACAGAACGCUCCUCGUCGCGGAUCCGCGUCGCAUGGAACCGAAGAAGGCUGGCGGUCGUGGUGCGCGCGCGCGCUUCCAAAAGUCUUACCGUUAA